CUUAAAAAUAGUUUUAAUUUUUAACUAUGGAAUUAUUAAAUAUUUAUACAAUAACAGCAUUUUGCUCAACAAUAGUGGUUUUGGUGACAGCAUUUUAUUUUUAUGCUCACUAUAAAUUAACAUAUUGGACUCGUCGAGGGAUCGAACAGUUACCCAAUCCACAUAUCAUUUUUGGUCAUGUCAAAGAUGCUAUGUUGUUUCGUACAGCUCCAGGAUUUCACAUGGGCCAACUUUAUUUAUCAGCGAGACCUGAAGCACCUUACAUUGGUUUUUAUAUAUUCCAUAAACCCUGUCUCUUAGUGAGAGAUCCUGAGGUGGCCAAGCAAAUGUUUGUGACAGACUUUGAGAUAUUCAGUGACCGUCAUUUCUCAGGAUCUGAACAACUAGACAGUUUUGGAAUGUUGAAUCUCUUUGGUCUGAAGAAUCCAGCAUGGAAAUUCUUGAGAACCAAAAUUUCUCCAGUAUUAACAAAAGGAAAAUUGAGACAAAUGUAUCCUCUCAUGAUUGAGACCUCCAAACCCAUGAUGGAAUAUUUAGAAAAUAAAUCAACUGUCGAAAAAGGUAGUGAUGUCAAAAAAGUCGAUGUUCAGGAUUUGAUUUUUAGAUUUACAAUUGAUUCAAUUUCUAACAUUGCUCUUGGAACAAAGACUGAUUCCUUUCAUAAUCCAAAUACUGACUAUACCAAAGAAAUAAUGCGCUUAUUCCAUGGAUCAGAUCGUAUGCGUGCUUUGAUUACUGUUUUCUUCAUCCCAGAGAUCGUUAGAUAUGGUGGUUACAUGUUCUUAUUUAAGCUUAAACAUGCCAAGAAACUCUUCUGGGAUGGACUUCGAGCUCGAGACACAGCUCAAACAGCACAGCGAGGUGAUUUUAUUGAUGCUCUGGUCAGCCUUAAACAUGCUGAACAAUCUCCAUUAUACAAAUUUGAGGGCGAAAAUCUCAUGUCACUAGCUGGUAUGUUCUUCUCUGGUUUGGAGUCGAGUUCCAGUGCUGCUUCAUUUACUCUUUUAGAGCUUGCAAGAAAUUCUGAGCUUCAAAACCUUGCACGAGAAGAAAUCAAAGAAAUCAUCGCCAAAUAUGGAUGGACUAUGGAAGCUUUCGAGAAAAUGAAGUUUUUGGAGCAAUGUAUUUACGAGGGAGUUAGAAUGUAUCCUCCAGCAACCAUUGUUGAUAGAAAAGCUCGAGAAGACUAUCCUAUUCCUAACACUGAUGUUGUAUUGGAAAAAGGCACACCAGUAUUUAUUUCUUUGUAUGGAAUGCAUUCGAAUGAGACCAACUUUCCAGAACCUAGAGUUUUUAAUCCAGAUCGUUUUGCUGAUGGUCAAAAACCUAUUGCCUUUAUGGGAUUUGGUAUUGGACCAAGGAUGUGUGUUGGUGUAAAAAUGGGACUUCUUUACACCAAAUUUAUCAUCUCAAAGAUUUUGAUUAAUUAUGAAAUUUACCAGAAGUCUGAAAGUACUAAUGAUUUAGAUAAACGUGGAACUUUAAGUAUUGUUGCUGAUGGUAUCAAUGUUUUCUACAGGCCUAUCACUCCACAGUUAGAUGAAAACAAUAAUGUCAUCGUCAAAUAGAAAAUCUAAUGUAUUUAACGAAUGUAUUAAUUAACAGUCUGAUAACUUUAAUUAUUUGUAAAAAUUAUUAUGAACAAUUAUUAACAUUCCUAUUUAAAUAUCUACU